AUGGAUGCCACUUUGAGGAAACUCAAACAAUACCUACAGGAAAACGCAAAAGAUUUGAGCCAGGAACAGAAAUUGAAAUGUUUUGACGAAUUCCGAUUGAUGUUCUGGAACGAGGACUUACUGGCCCAGGCGAUUUCGACAAGGCUGCCAAAAUCGGCCAAUCAGAAGCGAGAAGCGUUUGAGUUCCUCGACCUUGCCCAACCUCACAAGCUCAACUCCCAGACUUUCGACACGAACGUGCCGCACCCCGGAAAGGAAAAUCUCAUUCGGUUUUCAGAGGAGAUUGAGUACACGAAAUGCGCAAAGAAGCGACAUCUGCUGGUGAAUUAUGAGUCGGGAAGUAUGCCGAGUGAAAGCCCUGGGAAAACGAGACGCCUAUUGAACCCGCGCCAUACUAAAUCGCAACCAUCCCAACUUCAACACGAUAAAGCCCGAGAAUCUUCUCCACCACCCGUCACCUCAAGGUCGUCACGAUCGAGAGCUUCCACGCCCAGCGCUGUCGAGUCGGACAACGACGCCGAGGUACGUCGGGAUAUGAUUUCUUCUUCCGCAAGGCUGUGGCUCAGAAUGCGAUGCCGCCUAGUGGGGCUCUUCGACCAAAUCGCUAACCCCAUCUCAGGACGAAGACGAAGACGAAGAAUCCCUUUCUGCGAAGAGAGGCCAGCGCAGCAAGCGAACAACAAAUCCACCACGGGAGCCGGUCGUUCUUAUCGAGGUUAAGGGGCAGACUGUUCUUGCGAAACCUAAAACGAAUUUUGAUGACGAGGGCGAGGGCAAGAUCAACCAUAUCAUACACCUGAGGAAGAAAGCUCAAAGACGAAGCUCACCGGAGAAGCACAUAAUAAAUUUGGAAGAGGACGAUUCACCAAAGACGCCCCCGCCAAAAUCCGGAAAGGAAACAUUUAUCGAGGGUGAGGCUGGAGACAUUGAUGCCAAUGCCGCCCAGGUGCACAGCCAAUCCACGAAUUCGCCCGUCACGCCAUGGUAUGCAACCUUGAGUCCCAGCAGGUGUGUUUGUCCUUUGAAUAACUCCUUCUGUGUAGGAAGUGGGGACGUGAAAGACUCGCACGACAAAUAGGAAGAGUACAUCCGCAGUAUGUUGCUUUCAUUAGGAGCACGCUGCACAUACUCAAUUUGCUGACCUGAGUUGAUAGGUUUCCAAUUCCCUCCAAUGCUUCUGAGUACAGCUUUCUGAAACAUCACGCUGAGAAGGAAGAGUCUAAAUCCGUGAAUUCAAUGGUACGAUUUACCUAUCUUAAUUGUAUAAUUGGCUAAUAUCUUUUAGACGACUUUGCUGAACGGAGGGCUUGGGAGGGGCGUGAAACAUAAGCCAUAUUCAGGUGGCCCAAAGCCUACAAAUAACUUACGCAAACCAUCAGGCAAUCUUGAAGUUGUGAUACACUCGUUUUCACCGAAGCGAAAGGAUGGGGAGACACAAGAGCUGAGCAAACAGCCCUCCGAAAAGGCCUUUAGAUUGAUUGCACAAGCCCAGGAGAACAAAAGACGGAAGACUGACCACAGAGCUACCAAAAGUAUCGCCUCGCCUGGUUCUUCUGAUUCAGAUUCUCCUACUAUGGAACGCUCAAGGGGUUUAACAAACCCAAAGCCAAGAAUCAAGAAACAGGCAAGCAGCAAUGGGCAAGUUUCUUCCAUGGACGAGUACUCGAGUGUUGAGGGGGUGAUGAAUCCUGCCCCGAGGUCGGCAGCAAAAACCCACUCUAGCGACAAUAACACCAGAAGCCCUUAUUUCAGGAGCACAGAUUCCACAAAGCCUGCUAGCCUCAACGAGGACGCUACAGACCCAAUCUCGGACCCUGACGAGCCCUUACGUCAACCGAAGGAACAAAUCACGCAUAUAUCCCAAACAUAUAAGGGAACUGCAAACCUCAAGCCAGCUCGCGGAAGGCCCUCAAAAAAUUCAAUAAAUGGCUCAAAAUCUAAAGCCGUAGGCACUUAUACGGGUCCAAAUGCCGAGGAGCCAUCGUCAUCAGUUGCUACAGCCAAACGGAAGCGCGAGUCAGAUGACUGCAGUGCGGACGAGCUUGCAACAGGGCAUUUUCCCAAGAAAAGGACUGAGAGGGAGCACGCUCAGGAGCUUUUGAAAAGCGCUGACAAGAUCAAAACUCAAACCUCUAAUCUCACCAACGGAGCUCAUAAUAUUGUGGGUAAACAUGCUACGAUCAAUGGAACUCAGGAUUUUGUGGAAUUGUCAACAGACGAUGAGAAAGAAGAGAAGAAGUCUAAAAUCACACCAUCCAAGUUCAAAACCUCCAAUCGGCCGAAACCGCCGCCUAAGAAGAUCGAUAUUAAGGUGGUAAACGCCUUUUCCACACUCGGCCUGCGGAAGGCUGAUGACGUUGAAUGGCGGAUUGUCUGUAAUGUCCAAGACAAAAUGCUUCGCAUUGUCGAUGCCGGGGACCAGCCACAAGAAGAGCGUCAUUUUAAGCAUCUAAGGAAGAUUACUGAGGGUAGUGACAAGGUCAUUCUGAAUUGGUUGGCAGAUACCACUACCUCCAACAGACAGUCCGACUUGUUCAUUGAACUGGGAGGUGUCGAUGAGAGCUCUUAUCUGGUAGAGCAGUUGAGCAAGAUGGUUCCUGGGACAGUGCAAUUGAAACUUGACGCCGAAAAAAUGGACAAAACCUUUGCGAACAGCAAGAAAAAACGUGUCUUGAAGCCUGCCCCACCACGACUUCCGGAAGACAUCCCGGAAGAUGUCCAAUUCUUGGAAAAAAAGGUCCAGUUGCGCCAUGAGCAAAGACGAGCCGAAGGGCAGGAAUCCAAACGAGCAGGGAGUACUCAGGGCAUAAAGAGGCGAAUACAGAAUGAUGCCGCCCAGCCACAAAGAGCAGAAGGCCGCGCUCGAAGAAUGGAAAUUUCAAGCUUAGGAUAUGAAAAUGGUAUCACUUCGGAUGGUUUUUCUCCUGCCAGCUUUUACAACAAAAACAACUCCUCUGACCAUGAAAUCAAAUUUAAAGAAACUCUCCCUAUUACAAGACAGUCGACACGAAUUGUAAGAACGGAACCUGUCCAAGAGAAAGCUCUCCGCUCAUCACCGCCUAUCCCAAUCCAAUGGACAAAACAACACCCUGACUGGGAAAAGUCUUGGCGUGACGCUGUGGUAUAUCCUCCAGGCCCAGGUCACAAGCGCACUGCUACUGUGGACCGAGAGGAUAUUUCAAGACUGGACGAAGAAGAAUUCUUGAAUGAUAAUCUGGUCAAUUUCUACCUCCGCUACUUGGAAUUCCAUCUCAAUGGCGCCAGACCAGACGUUGCGAAAAGAAUCUACUUCCAGAACUCCUACUUCUACGAAAGAUUGACCAGAUCAAUUGAAGGCAGGAAGGGAGGAAUAGAUUAUGAGGCGGUUCAGAGGUGGACCAAAGAUGUUGAUCUUUUCUCGAAGGACUAUAUCAUAGUACCUGUAUGUGAAAACCUUCACUGGUAUGUUGCAAUCAUUUGCAAUGCACCGAAGUUGCUUAAACCAGAUGUUGAAGAAGACGUUUUCGAAAUCAGGGCGUCCAACGGAAUUGAUGUAUCAGCAUCCCACCGGAACCCAAUCAACCUGGAGGACGAUGACCAUCCAAUGAAGACGCAAUCUCUACAAGCCUCCCACGAAGAGCGUACAGAUCACGAAAAUACUGUUGUUGAGUCAUCAGAGGCUAAAAGAGCUCGUCAAGAGUCCGACGACCAUAAAGCAGAUGAGUUUAAUACUUAUCCGGUUGCCAAUGUUAAGUCGGACUUGCAGCCAGCCCCACCGGAAACGCCAGCGGUAGCAAGAAAGGUACGAAAGGCGCCUGUUGACCGGAGACCUGAUGCUAGCACACCUCGCAUUAUCCUUAUUGAUUCUCUGGGACAAAACCAUCCAGCCACAUCUAGACAUCUGAAAGAUUACCUGAUUGCUGAGAUGAAACACAAGCACGGAAAGGAUAUCAGUCUCUCGAAGGGAAUAGGAUUUUCCGCCAAGAACAUUGAUAUGCAGAACAAUUGGUCUGAUUGCGGUCUUUACUUGCUCAGCUAUAUCGAGAAAUUCCUUGAAGAUCCCGACAGCUUCAUAUCCAUCGUACUAGGCAACAGUGCUAAGGGUGACUCAGGUUGGUUGCAACCAAGCAAGUUGCGCCAUGAUAUUCGAGAUCUCUUAAUUAAGCUGUCACAGAAGAAACCGGAAGGAGAGAAUCCGUUUUUGAAGACUCCUGAUGUUACCAGUGCAACAGUCUCAAGUCCUGCCUUGCGCGAUGCGUCAACUGAUCGUACAGAAAUCAUCGCUAUGACAGAGCGUUCUUCCCCAGCAGAAAAGUUAAUAGAGAGGAGGUUCCACGAUGGUCUUUCCUUGCAACUUGGGAGGGGGCCUGCCACCUAUACCAGUAGCUCUCCCCGAAUGUCGAAGUCUGCCCCACCAGACGAUUUUGCAAACAUGCAAACCCCAGCAAAUUCUCGCCUCUCUAAAAGAGUCAAUGCGACUAGCACGAAGGAAGCUACGGACCUUCAGCAUCAGCCGGAAUCUGUUGCUUCGAGCGAUAGGCCCCACAAGAGCAAGUCAAGAAAACCAGCGAGUGUGCCAGCAGUUGUAAUUGACCUUGACGAAUCAAGCACGCUGCAAGAAUUUCCCGAAUCCCCACAACCAACGACACGUUCGAGUCUGCCCCCCAAGAAGAGUCUCGAUAAUAAGACCACGUUUCUCCACGGUGUGAGAGAUGCCGUGACGGGUUUCGUGGGGAGUGGCUGGAAUAUGGGAGACAAAGAAGGCGCGAAGGAUUUGGGCAGCUCGGAGUCGCAACCCCUUGAGGUUGACGACUCACCAGUGAAAUCCGAGACCCCGCAAAAACAUCGUAAAAGGCGCGACUCUUCUGCUUCCGUGGAAGUAAUUUCCAGUCGUGCGCAGUCUAAACGACGGAGAGUUUCGCCAAGACAGUCCAGAGACUCUUCGAUGAAUCAGGAGAAAGUGAGUCAAGGGAGUGACGUUCCUGACUGCCCUAAUUCUCUAGGUCUUGUCGAACCUGAUGUGGGUGAUAUGGGCCAGCGGGCAUUGGAGCCAUCUUCACCUACGACAGCACAACAGGAUGAAAGCAAGGUGCUGGAGGACAAGCCAGAAGAUGAUGACACGAAAAUGCUACUCGACGAUACGAAUAUCUGUAUAUCAGAAUCAGCCUCCAAAUCGCCUACAACAAAUGGUAAUCUACAACAACAGAGUUCUUCACUGUCGCAAGAUGAACCUCCUUACAGGUUUAAUAUCGACGUGGAAGACGAUUCUCCAGCACCACAAACUUCUCAUCCCGCAGGGCGCAGGUCUGAUUUGCAACAAGGGACGCAUAUCCGAUUUGAUACAUAAAGUUGAAGCAGGAGGAAAGGAAAUCUGGUGAACCAAAUGCUCCCGGAUACUUGACAGAUGUCCGACCCAGUCUGAACACACUAGCCUGGCCUGAGCCUGAAGAGACCAGUGAGCUGUGGACGAUUGCCAACCUCAAAAUCGUUCUUGUCGCAAGAGUUGAUCGAGGUGACAUUAUCUCCCAUAGAAGGCAUAGACAGCAAGCUUGUAAUUGGGUCUUACCCUGCAUGAUGAAUUCGCACACUUUUCCUUAUUGUCCCCGUCACAAAUACAUAGCAUAGCAAUUGGCGUUUUGAUAUCCUCAGCCUGUUCUUUUUUUCCUGGUUUUCUUUUAAACAAGAUGUAGAUAUUUUCUCCCUGCAAUCUUUUCUCAUUGCAUUUGGCAGUUUUUGGGAGCCGCCUUGUUUUUUCCCCCCCUGGAGUUUACAUGGGACAGGAAUCAUGAGCAUCAAGAUGGCAUUUUCUUUCGUAGUUAGCUUUGUGGAAGGGGUUUUCCACUUUUACAGGGACGAAGUAGAGGGGUCUCCUGUGGGUGGGUUAUGGAUGCGUCCCGAGAUUUGGUCGCACAGGCCAUAGAUGGUGUAGUUAUAAGGAAGGGAAGAAUCAUAAACAAUGAAAAUAAUUGCUACGCCG